UUUUCAUCCUGGGGGAAGGGUCCGUGGAGUUUGAGGGGAGAUGGAGGAGAUGGCGGCCUCGGCGCGGGAAGAUGGCGCCCGCGGCCAAAAGCAAGGGCGGCGGGGCUGCAAGCACUAUGACAGAGGAUGUCUCCUGAAGGCACCUUGUUGUGACAAACUUUAUACUUGUCGGUUGUGUCAUGAUAACAAUGAAGAUCAUCAGCUAGAUCGCUUUAAAGUAAAGGAAGUGCAGUGCAUAAACUGUGAAAAAAUCCAACACGCCCAACAGACUUGUGAAGAAUGUAGCACAUUGUUUGGAGAAUAUUAUUGCAGUAUAUGCCAUCUUUUUGACAAAGACAAGAAGCAGUAUCAUUGUGAAAAUUGUGGAAUUUGUAGGAUUGGUCCAAAGGAAGAUUUUUUCCAUUGUUUGAAAUGUAACUUAUGUCUAGCUAUGAAUCUCCAAGGAAAGCACAAGUGUAUUGAAAAUGUUUCCCGGCAGAAUUGUCCAAUAUGUUUGGAGGACAUUCACACAUCCCGUGUUGUUGCUCAUGUCUUGCCGUGUGGACAUCUUUUACAUAGAACGUGUUAUGAAGAAAUGUUGAAAGAAGGCUACAGAUGUCCAUUAUGUAUGCACUCUGCUUUAGAUAUGACUAGGUACUGGAGACAGCUGGAUGAUGAGGUAGCACAGACUCCUAUGCCAUCAGAAUAUCAGAACAUGACUGUGGAUAUUCUCUGCAAUGAUUGCAAUGGGAGAUCUACUGUCCAGUUCCAUAUAUUAGGCAUGAAAUGUAAUAUUUGUGAAUCUUACAAUACUGCUCAAGCUGGAGGAUGUAGAAUUUCACUAGAUCAGCAAUGACCAGCGUUUAUUACACUGGAAAACUCAGCAUUUUCUGAUCUAGGAAAAGGCUAUCUUUAGUAUUCUGUUGUCAUAAUGUGUCAGAAUCUAUGCAUUAGAGUUGAUGUGUUUUGUACUAGUGUCACAGCAAAAAAUCAUACUACAAGUACUUAAGGAUUCAGGGUCUCUUUGUAGAAUUGUCAUAGCUCUAUAUUGGAUGAAAGCCACUGUGCUUGUGUUUUGAUUGGAAAUUCCUUUAGUGUCAGUUUGGAAGCCAAUGAUGUUUGCCACUGAAAUUCACAUCCAUAGAAGUAUGUUAUACAUUCAUGGAACUUCGCUUUAAGUGACACUCUGCACGCAGAAUUCAUUUCUAGUUCUUGAUAGAACUGCACUUACUUCUCAGUAUUAUUCUUGACUUUUUAAGGGCUGUGCUAUAAUGAGAAUAUGUUGUAUCUUACUGUUGAAAUCUUAUUACAUAUACUUUAGAAUUUUCUAAGACAGUCCUUUGGAUCCUAUAAAUGUGAAUUUUGAUGUAAUAACUGCUAAUAAAAUUAUAUUGAAACAGUG